GCCGGGCGACCGGGGCAGCUGGGUUGAGGAGAAUCUGGCCGGGAAAGGGGCGCUCGGAGUCGGGAGGUGGUGGGACCGCACUGAAGGGACUGCGGGGAUCCCGGGCCGCGCGCCCCGGGACCGACACUAGCUCGCCGCGGGGCUGCUCGUGGUCGAAUGGCAGGGCCUGAUCGCGGAUUCCCGGGCUGGCUCGCCGGGGUUGCGCGGUCUCAGCGGUCCCAGGGUACCCGCGCCACCGCGCGCGCUCAGCCGGAGAUCGGCGGCCCCCGCCGGGACCCGGAGUAUCGCCCGCCCCACGCCUGGGCUGGGGUCGGGGUAGGGGCUUUGCUUGAGCGGCUAUCGCAAAUCGCUGCCCCCAAGGGGCAGAAAUUAGUGCUUUUGGGGGGGUGGUGCUUUUUAGCCACCACUUACUCCAGUUUAAGGCGGACAGCAAGGCUUUUGAGCCCUCUCUUCGGGAAUUUUUUGCCCCAAAGAGACACCCAAGAUGUGCAGCUGAGCUCCUUAUGCUCACGUGUGUGUUGUGGCAAUUUUAAAUGCCUGGUGUCAGAGCUGAUAAAUGGCUGUGGUAAUGGGGAGCCCCUGAAGCACCUGCUGGGCCGACUGGGGUGGGGGUUGAGUCUGGAGGUGAGAUGGGGAAUAUGAAACGUGACAGAGAUCCUAUUUGGAUAUUGUGCUGAAGUUAGCAUGUUUCAUUUUAAGUACAUAAAUCCACUUUUAGGACUUUGAUAGAAGAGGCUUCAGUGGCAACGAGGUUCCGGAUGACCCGGUUUGGCUGAGAAUGUCUGGGGUAGCAUAAGUGCCUCUUACCAUUUCCCCCUGGCAUGUUCAUUUUCUCACUGUCCUAAAUGCUCAGGUACACCCUAGCAUUCCCAGGCUAGGAAAGAAGCCAGGGGACAGCAUUUAUCAUAGGCCUGACCCCAAGAUUGAGAUGUUUUCAAAUGAACAAACAUAUAGUUAGGAAAAGGAAAAUAAUCUUUUUUUGUGCAAUGUUUGUAGACUGAGGGAACUUGCCCUGUGGUUUUAAACUAUCAGUCCAUAGUGAUACUUUGGGGUUAGGCAUAAGUCUGAAUAAGCAUCAAGGAUUUAGUGGUCAGGAUGGCCAUAGGUGCCAUUCCUAAAUUUUGUGGGAUUUAAAUUUUCAUAGUUCAUAUUUUGACGAAAAUAUUACCACAUAAAGGAAUCCUAGGGUGAAUCCUAUGAGUCGCUGUCAUGCGUCUUUUGGAUUUUGCUAUUUGGGGAUUAUUUAAAAUGGAAUGCACAUAUUUGCUUGGCUCUGGCUUUACCUUGGAGAUAGUCCUGAGUCAUGCUUUAGAGAAGUUCCUGCUGUGAAGGCCUUAGAUGUCUGAUGGCCUCUGUACAAGCUGGAUGCUCCUCUUUACCCAUAGUUCUCCUUUCUGGAGUUUUGGGGAAAGAAGGACCUAGGGGAGAUUCUAAGCAGAUUAAUGGCAUUGUCCAUAUUUGCCCUGUCUCUAGGUAAAUUAUUUGUAUUCCCACUUUCAGAUUUCCCAAUUUAUCACAGAGAUUUUAUUUAUGCUAUUGCCACUAGUACUUUUACAUUUGUAUAAUACUUGCCAGCUUGCGAAUGGCUUUAGAUUUAGGAUCUCAGCUGUUUUCUCCAUUUCCUCAAAGAAGCAGCUUUGAGAGUGAUUUAAUAAGAGUGAUUUACUUCGAUUUACUAGACAGUGAUUUACUCAAGGUCUCAAUUACUAAUGGAGCGGCAUUGGAAUACAGGUCCUCACCGGUAAAUCCAGCCCUCUUUUCUCUGCACUGGCCUGCAUGUCACUUCAGAACCCUAGUCUUGAUCCAUUAGCCUUUAGGUCAGUUGCUUUUGUCAUUUUGCCUAACAUGGUGUGAUUCGUUUUGGGAAGGUGGUGCUAUGCCAGUUUCAUCUUGCAGAAACUGAGGACCACAUGGUUGAGAGAGGAGAAAGAGCUGCAGUGGCAUGGUUAAGGAUAACCUAACAUUAGAAUCAUAUUCUCCUUUUGCUCCUGGCUGCUUGUGCCGGCCUGUAUGUGAAUGUUAACCCAGAAGAUUCCUUUAGAUGUCGUUGAACUAGUUAUUAUAAAAAGUAUUUCACUUUCAAACUCCCACGUUUCAAGAACAGAGAGACUCAGUAUAAAGGUAAUUUUAAAGCUUCCCUGGAACCUGGGCUCCCAGAGACGUAGCACUGGAACAGAUGGAUAAUGGAGACUGGGGCUAUAUGAUGACUGACCCAGUCACAUUAAAUGUAGGUGGACACUUGUAUACAACGUCUCUCACCACACUGACGCGUUAUCCGGAUUCCAUGCUUGGAGCUAUGUUUGGGGGGGACUUCCCCACAGCUCGAGACCCUCAAGGCAAUUAUUUCAUUGAUCGAGAUGGACCUCUCUUCCGAUAUGUCCUCAACUUCUUAAGAACUUCAGAGUUGACCUUACCCCUGGAUUUUAAGGAAUUUGAUCUGCUUCGGAAAGAAGCAGAUUUUUAUCAGAUUGAGCCCUUGAUUCAGUGUCUCAAUGACCCUAAGCCUUUGUAUCCUAUGGAUACCUUUGAAGAAGUUGUGGAAUUAUCUAGUACUCGGAAGCUUUCUAAGUACUCCAAUCCAGUGGCUGUCAUCAUAACCCAGUUAACCAUCACCACCAAGGUCCACUCAUUGCUAGAAGGCAUCUCAAACUAUUUUACCAAGUGGAAUAAGCACAUGAUGGACACCAGAGACUGCCAGGUUUCCUUUACUUUUGGACCCUGUGAUUAUCACCAGGAAGUUUCUCUCCGGGUCCACCUGAUGGAAUACAUUACAAAACAAGGUUUCACGAUCCGCAACACCCGAGUGCAUCACAUGAGUGAGAGGGCCAAUGAGAACACAGUGGAGCACAACUGGACUUUCUGUAGACUGGCCCGCAAGACAGAUGACUGAUCUCCAACCCAGGAGAAUUUUCUGGAAACUGACUUUCCAAGAGAUGAGAGAGACUGAUUUUUUUUUUUUUUAAAUCACGUGUGGGGUUUCUUUUGUUUGUUUGUUUGUUUGUUUGUUUUAAAUAUUUGUAUUUAUUUGAAGGCAUUGAGGAUCAGGAAGGAAGUUUUGUACUUUAGCAGACUCCUCGUGUUUCCUUCACCCAGAGUAUGCAUGUGCCUGUUCAGAGUCUCCAGAUACCUUUUUUAUAAAAAGAAGUCUGAAAAUCAUUAUGGUAUAUAAUCUACCCUUUAACAGAGCUUUUUUUAUUACAGUGCUAAAAUGGUUUCUGAUUAAAUGGUCCCUAACUCAACUAGAAGGCUAAAACUGCAAGACUGAAAGAAUAAGCAGAGUAUUCAUGAUGCCUUUGAGGAAAAUCAAAACAUCAUGUAGGGUGACCUUGUGUCCAAACCAAUAAGCAGUAUUGUGCUGUUAAAGGAAAACUGUUCCAGUCAUUUAAAAGCUCUUGUUAAGUGCUGCUUUUUACAGUUAUGACAACUGUUUCUUUCUAUGCAUAUAAAUCAAGCAACCAAAUAUCUGUAGCCAUGGAAAUGUCUGACUAGAAAUAUUUACAUUGGAUUCUGAAAUAAAAAAUGUCCCUGUGGUAGAAAUCUUACUUUUUAUGCCUGGUGCAGUAUAAUUCCAAAGUGUACUGUCUACCAGAAAAAAGCUAAUAAAAAGUGAAAUAUGAAAAUUAGGUUUGUAUUUAUUAUUAUUCCUUAGGUGGAAAAUCACUUUUCUCCUCUAAAAUAAGCACUGUUUGUUUUAUGUUCUAAUAUAGCACAUCUGUAUUUGAUUUGAGAGGACCCAGUGGAACCUUAGGUUGUAGUGAACUUUAUGUGUCAUUGAAGCAGGAAGGAAUUAUUAGUAUUGUCUAAAAGAAUAUGUUUUGAACAAUGAACAUACAAUUUGACAAAUUUUUUUCAAAUAGGACUUGAGGAUUACAGAUUUUUCCACAAUAAUCCACCACUUGUCAUAGCUCUGAAGAUGAUCCUACUUCCAGUUUUGUGCCAAUAAGCAUAGGAACAAAUGGACUUUUGAGCCAUUUUACUCUAGUAUAUUGUGUCUUAUUGGAGUUAAGUUUCUGAG